CCCCCCGUUGGGUUGAGCAGCAGAGAGAGAGAGCAAACAAACAUGGCGGUAGACUCGAGUGGACGGAGGUUCACUCUAACUUUACUCGUCUUUUCUUGCGUUUUUAGCGGCAACAACGCAGAGGAGGCGGCGGCGGAGUCGAGAAUAUACCCGCGGAUACUCGGCAUGAGGCUGGAGACGAGCGUCAAGCCCGCGGAGACCACCCAGAAAGGGGUUAUCCAGGUGACCGAGGGCAGCGACACCGAGUUCAGGUUCUACGGGCUCCACUUGAGCCCCAACAGCUCGGAGCUCAUCAAGUUCACGGAGCUCUACUCCAGCGAGACAGAUGAUGAUGAGUUAGGUUCCAUUUCAACCCCCAUUAACAGGACUUGUCCCGAACUCACUAAGGAUAUAGACGUGAAGGGGCCCAUGAGGGUUACCAACAGAAACACCUCCGGAGUGGUGAGCCUCCGGAUCAAACAGCUCCGCAAGACCGAGGUGGUGAAGGUGUUCGGCUUGUGCAUCCAGAGUAAAGAGGAGGAGGAGACGUGGUACCUGCUGGAUGCUAAGGAUGGAAGAGUGCGGGUUGUGGAGGUGCCGCAGUCUCUGCUGCCAGUCUGGCUGCAGGUGAUCAUCAUCUGCUUUCUACUGGUGCUGUCCGGCAUGUUCAGCGGGCUCAAUUUGGGUCUCAUGGCUCUGGAUCCGAUGGAGCUGCGCAUCGUGCAGAGCUGCGGCACCGAUAAGGAGAAGAAGUACGCGAGGAAGAUCGAGCCCAUCCGCAGGAAGGGCAACUAUUUGUUAUGCUCGCUGCUGCUGGGUAACGUCCUGGUGAACACCACGCUCACCAUCCUCCUGGACGACCUCACCAAGUCUGGGAUAGGCGCUGUAGUUGCUUCCACUGUGGGCAUUGUUAUCUUUGGUGAGAUUGUGCCACAGGCGUUGUGCUCCAGGCACGGUUUGGCUGUCGGUGCGAACACCAUCCUAGUCACCAAGUUGUUCAUGUUGUUGACUUUCCCUCUGUCGUGGCCCAUCAGUAAGCUCCUGGACUGCGUGCUGGGGCAGGAGAUAGGCACCGUGUACAACCGGGAGAAGCUGGUGGAGAUGCUGAAGGUCACCGAGCCCUACAACGACCUGGUGAAAGAGGAGCUCAACAUGAUCCAAGGAGCGCUGGAGCUCAGGACGAAAACCGUGGAGGAUGCCAUGACGGCGAUAGGCAACUGCUUCAUGAUCCACAGCGACACCGUGCUGGACUUCAACACCAUGUCCGAGAUCAUGGAGAGCGGCUACACGAGGAUACCCGUGUACGAGCACGAGAGGUCCAACAUCGUGGACAUCCUGUACGUCAAGGACCUGGCCUUCGUGGACCCGGACGACUGCACCACCCUGAAGACCAUCACCAAGUUCUACAACCACCCGGUGCACUUCGUCUUCCACGACACCAAGCUGGACUCCAUGCUGGAGGAGUUCAAGAAAGGAAAAUCUCACCUGGCCAUCGUCCAGAAAGUGAACAACGAGGGGGAGGGAGAUCCCUUCUACGAGGUGCUGGGGUUGGUCACCCUUGAAGACGUCAUCGAGGAGAUAAUUAAAUCAGAGAUUCUGGAUGAAUCGGACCUUUACACUGAUAACCGCAACAGGAAAAAGGUGGCGCCCAAUAAGAAUAAGAGAGACUUCUCCGCCUUCAAACACGAGGGUGAAUCAAAAGUGAAGAUCUCUCCUCAGCUGCUGCUGGCCGCCCAUCGCUUCCUGGCUACAGAGGUGAGCUUAUUCAGCCCGUCUCAGAUCUCAGACAAGGUGCUGCUGCGAAUCCUGCGCCACCCCGACGUGAUCCAGGAGAUCAAGUUCAACGACAGUGACAAGCGCUCGCCCCAUCACUACGUCUACCAGAGGGGCAAGCCCGUCGACUACUUCGUUCUCAUCCUGCAGGGACGAGUGGAGGUGGAGGCCGGCAACGAGAACAUGAAGUUUGAGACCGGACCUUUCUCAUUCUACGGUGUCAUGGCGCUCAAUGCUCCCACACUGGUGGCUGCACAUCGUCCUCGCCACCUCUCCUUUAAGAGGUUUUCUCUGUUCUCUCGGUUUCCAGGUAAAACAGUUUCCUAUGACUCACUGAGGCCCCCUGCUGGAAGACUCACAUCUACUGAGUUUCGCUCGCCGUCCCACAUCAGCGGGUUGAAUCGCACGUCGUCUUUGAGCGGAGCCGACCGGACAGAGUCGCUCUCCGUCAGCGGCAGCAACAGCCAGCUCAACAACAGCAUCCCCUUGCAGCAGUACACGCCCGACUUCUACGUCCGAGCUCUCACUGACCUGCAGUUUGUCAAGAUCACGCGGUCCCAGUACCAGAACGGCCUGAUGGCGUCCCGUCUGGACAGUACGCCCCAGUCCCCUGAGAGCGGCCACAACACGAUUUGCCUGGAUCAAACCACUCUCCCCGCCACCGCUGACGCCAACACCACCAUCACGGACCUUGGAGCGGACUCCACCCCUACGGAGAACGGGCCGGACGAGACGACGCUUCUCCUCCUCAACGAGCAGAACUCACCGCACACAGCCAACCACCACAGCCAGCUGGAAAACAGCAUAUGACCCCGACCCCCCUCCACACUCCUACGUUUGCACGCAUGCACUACUACGCUCGAAUGUAUGCUGAGGAGGGGAGGAGUGUUUGUGUGUGAGUGAGUGAGUGAGUGAGUGAGUGAGUGAGUGAGUGAGUGAGUGUGUGUGUGUGUGUGUGUGUGUGUGUGUGUGUGUGUGAGGAAUGCAGACACACUGACAUAAAGACACAAGCCAUGUGCACGCAUAUUUUGUAAAUAUGCAAGGAUUCAACACACACACAGAUGUGACAUAUUUUAUCGUGGGAACUUGACACAUUUCCAUCACAAAGACUCAAACGCAACACUCAUCUAUGGUAGUUCAUCGACAGAAGGGAGUAUCUGUAUGUGUGUGUGUGGGUGUGUGUGUUUGCACAUGCUCCUUAAUGUAUUAACUGACGACAAAGAUCUGAAGGACUUGCUUGUCUGGACCAGAAAGCUCCUCCCUCUCUCGCCCAUCGACGUCAUUCAGAGACCUCGCCGAUUUGCGAGUUUCUUCCUCUGUGUGUGUUUUUAAAUACGUGUUGCUUCCAAUUCACUGUCCCUAAUCAGAGACUCAGGGAGACUCCGCCCUCCUCCUCGCCACCACCCCCACCCCCCACCCCCACCCUCCUUGCCGACCGCAAGCCGCAAACCAAACCCACCGCCGCAUGUGUAGCAGCCUGCAUCCCCUCCUCACCAUCCAUACAGCUAGAAG